UUGUCAGAGACGCUUUGCGCUUGAGAAACAUAGCAGCGCGUCAUCACAUGUGUUUAUAAACAAACGGACGCAACGGGUGAACAGUUAUAUAUUCAUCCCUGUAAGCGAGCUUGAUAGCAUGUUAUUUAACCAUCUGAACGCCUUUUAAACUUAUACGACACUUUUGUCUGCAAUCUGAUGUUGUGGAUCGAUAUAAAUGACUCGAUAUGAAAGACACUCUCCCAUUAAAACACUCGCAGUUUCCCUCCAUUAGUGCUGUCUUCUGAGAAUGGAUGAAAAGACUAUGAGACUGUCCAUUUGAUAUAUUUACUCGACACUAUUAGACCCAUGCUUUUAUGUUUGAUUGCUGUAGCAAACACCUCUCACAUCAUUUAGAUCAUUUCACUGCAAUGAAAAGUAAAGAUUUGGGAAGAAAUGCAUCUGACAACUUGACAAGUCUGCUUGGAUUUUAGCCUUUGCUAGUCCUUCAUUGCUGUUGGAUUUAAUGUGAUCAAGAGCCUCUGAAAUCACUGCGUGAAAAGGACAAAAAAGAUGGAUGGGCAAGGUGAAUUUCUGCAUGACCAUGCAUUUGUGGAGCUGCAGGUGGAAGGAAUCCCUGGUGAGGUGGACAUCCAGAAUCUCAUCAGAGACACAGAGGAGAAACUCAGACUCAAUGCCUGCAGUAUUGAACAGAACCUAAAGGAACUGCAGGUCAAGGUUGGUGAGUCCUGCAGCGGAGAGAGAGUGCCCAGUCCAGUAGAAUGCCUCCAGUGGUUCAGUCAGCGUAACUUGGGCAUCCUGAAACCAGUGGCUACAGGACACCAAGAGCUGUUGGACUUCCUUCGAGCCAUGCAAAACUUGCUGAAGACAGAGGAGGCUUGUGAUGAGGCCGUUCUGCAGUUACUGCUGAGCAUCUCUUCUCAGUGUGGUGUUGCUUUCCCUACUUCCUGCCCAGCAUCUACCCAAGAGCAUUCCCCGAUCCCUGCCUUGUCCACACCAUGCGAUGACCUCGCUCUGGAGGUCCAGGAAGUAUGGGAUGAUGUUCGUUUCUCAUUGCGGAACCACUUACUUGGCAAACUCCAAAUGAUGGCUGAACCAAGCCAGACUGAGGGAGAAAUGGGUGUUGGGACUAAGGUUCCUCAGAAGGUCCUGUACCUUCAGCAACUGUCAUUCCUCUACACUGAUACAAAGGUCCUCAGCUGGUACCAGCACCUUCAAAUCAAGGCUGUACUCAGUGUUUUCCAAAGCUGCCAGAGCUGUAGCCCAGGUGGUGAGAAAGGCUUCGACAGACUGACUCUGGGCUUUCAAACCGCCUCGCCAACUCUUUGCUCAAUGCUUAGAGAGGAAAUUCAGGUUCUUAAUGGGAUUGCGGAACCACAUAACAUCCUGGCCUUUCUCAACCAUGUCUACCUGAACACGGUGGCACAGGAGCUAGGCGUCCUGAUGGAGAAGGAGAUUGAGACAGCACUGAAAGACAAUACCACACACAGCAGCAAAGGAGGCAAGAUGUCCUACAAGAAGUCUGCUGUAGCUCCUCAGGAUCUUCCCCAAAGAGGACGAAACUUCUGCCUCACCUCCCAUCAGCUCAGGUGCCUGACCCAGCUGACCUCCACCUUACUGAAGCUGGAACAAACUGUGGAGGACCUGGCAACCCAUCUGGGUUUCCUUAACUGCGCUGGAGAAUCAGUCUGUAGUGUCAAAGGGGUCCCGAAGAAGGUCAGGGAUGAUAUGGAGGUGACGACAGCAGAAGACAAAGCCGCUACUGAUCUUGUGCUGCAAAGUACAGAGGUGGUGUGUCUUGAGUUUGGGUGGAGGGCUGCGUUCAGAGACCUCAUUCCUCAGAUGGCUCACUGUGUGAAGGUGGUGUUGGAUGACGUGUGCAGUAAGAAUCUGCAGCAGGAGGAAGCUGCACAUGCAUCGGGCUCUGCUAACAUCUCCAUAGCCCCUGUUACCCACAGACACGCUCCAGAGAGAGACUCUCCAAAGAUGAUGGCAAAGUUCUGUGCAGAUGUCCUGGAGCAGAUGGAUGCUUUUCUCCCUCUGGCUGUGGCAUUUAGAGAGGACACCCUGCUGCCCGUGUGCUCCAGCUACGUGGAGGUGUGUGGCCGUGUGACCUCUUUCCUACUGACGAGGCUAGAGGAAAGAGCAGGGGAAGUGCCAGCCUCAGCUCCACUCAAGAACCUGCCCAUUCUGAUGGCCACAAGUGUCUACAUUCACCAGACGCUCACUCACUAUGAAAGCCAGCUCAGAGAUUCCACACGCAUGCCUCUAACUCUGCUGCCUAUUCAGAGAAGCCAGGAUGUGAUGGCAGCCCUGCACGAUCACCUGACCAGCUACUGUGUCCAUGUGUGUGCCACUAGUAUACUGCAGGAUGCCGAGAGCCACUACUGGAGUGACCCCAACCCAUUUUACGAGGGUGAAAGGUGUUCUUUCUCCAUCCAGAUGUGGCACUAUUUUCUCACAGGCCUGCGCAGUGACCUUUGGGGCGCCGUUGCCCCCGUGCAGGCCCGGCAGACCUUGGCCCAGGUGCUGUGUGAGACCCUGGAGGUCUUAGUUCAGAGGUACUCAAGAGCACGACCAUCCUACAAAAGACUCCCCCAGAUCAGGGUUGAUAUUACAGUUAUUCUGCUGUCCGUGGAGAAUCUGAUGUGGAGUAUGUGUGACUCUGUGGAGGAGUUGCUAAGGCCAGAUGCAGCCCGUGGAUCUUGGAUGUGGUCCAUACACAGCCUGUGUAACCAGCUACUGACCGCACUGAUCAUCCUUACAUCACCUCUAGCAGAGCUGCACAGGGUUUUUCAGGGAGGCUGUGGUGGAGGAGGCAGCAGAACUCCAAAAUUUCCAGAAGGAGUGAACAGUCGUGACACAAUGUGGCUGAGCGUAAUGAACCCUACACUGUUCACAGAGGAGCUGCUGAGGGAUUUUCCAGCAUCUGAGGGAUCUUCUUUAUGUCUGUUUGAGCUACUGGUGUCUGGACCUUGUUAUAAUCCAGCACUACUUCUGCAGACCAUCCUUCACAAAGACUGCUUACUGCUGCAGAUCAUCAUCUCAUACUCAUGUCUCUGUGUGGACAGAGGAAUAGAGGUGUCCCCUGAUACUCAGACAGCAGCUGCAGAGUUUUUAGAAGCUGUUUUUGCCAUCCUGUCCUCCCUAAACUACUUCCCCAGGGCUUUAAGUCGAGCGCUGGAGGGAUACCUGGACCGGAAACACCUUUGGGAGCACUUUUACAACUUAACAGACUCCAGUAAAGAGGAGCCAGCCUUGUUUAAAUACAUCAGGUCCAUUGUUUGUGAAUCCACUUCCAAACUCCUGAUCCACCUGGUCAGCAUGGUGCAGGAAUAUAAAGACCAGUCUGGACCCCUGGUGCAACAACACCUACCCGGAAAUGUCCUAAGCAAAAUCCCAAAAGAAUGGAACUACAUUCCACAAGAUCCCAAGCUGAAUGAAACCAACACAAGCAGCAUAAAUCUAGCUAUCCAAGCCCUCUCAUUUAUCUUCACCCACCUUCCAUCAACCAUAGCCUCCCUUCCCCUGCCUGUGCGCUUCCUGUUCACUGUGGCUGAGAAGAGGCUUUCCCAGCAUGCCAGACAGCUGAGGUCUACUGGCCUCCUCCUCUGGGUCCUGUUGGUCUGCCUCUGUCAGGAUCUAGAAAACGGUGACACCCUUGAGCUCCUGUCUGGACAGCCCCUGGAGAGAGGGGCCAAGGAUAGGCUAAGUCUGCUAUCAGAAUGUCUGCAGGUCAGCCUGGGCCAGCAGAAGGGCGUUCCCAAGCCUCUGGUCCAUAAGGUUCUCCAGGGCCUGGAAGAGAAGAGGCCCAAAUGGACCUCCAUGCAGCUGCAGAAGGCACGAAAGCUUUGCUGCGAGAGUGUGUUGGAGCGUGUGGAGAGCGGCCCGGCGCAGGAUAGAGGUGGGCCCGCGGAACUGACUGAGCAUAAAAUAAGGCAGUUGCUGCUGGAGCUGUGCCAUAGAGCAGGUGGCAGCCAGCACCUCCGGCAAAUCCAUCACAGCAUCCAGCUCAAUGAGGGUUUACUGAGGUCCGUCCUAUCGCCUCUUUCAAAGACGAAUACGCUUCCGGACUCCCCAUUGGGACCUGUUGUCUUCUCCUCUGAAGCAAGCAACCAAAACCACCAUAUAUCCCAGUUUAACCCCUUCACCGAGUUCAAUUCUAUCGGCCCCAACAAGUUCGAUCAGGCUGCUAUGGGUGAGAGGGAGUGGGAUUGGGCCCAACUGCUGCCAGCCUAUCAGAGCACGAGUCAGGUGACCUUCACGACGCUGCUCGCUAACAGGUGGGAGAUUCAGGAUGCUGCGCUGCUAGAGGAUGAAGAGAAGAUUUUAGUGGAUCAGUUAAAGCAAACAUACUUCAAAAAAAGCCAUGAAACAUGAACUCUCAGCAACUAUAACAGGAGCACCAAAUGACCAAUGUAUUGAAAUGUAAAAAGUGUACACAAACUCUGUGUUUAAGAACAGCUGCUACAAAGAUUGCUAGCACUGAUGUACUGUGGCUGUACAAACUACAGUUCUUUUAGAUGAGUCUUAAAUAAAUAGAAAAACAAGACAAAAUGUGAUCUGUAAUAAAUCACAAGAAGGCUUUUGAUGAAAUAUGACUCUACUCUGUAUUGAAUGCAUGCUCAACUGAAAACUAGACUCCAUUGAUCUGUUAUACAAAUGAUAUAACAGUUAUGAGGAAAUAGAUUUUGGAGCAUUGCUUAGUGGAAGGGCUGUCCUGUUGUGGGAAAUUAUAAGGUCCUCUAAAGAAUAAAGAUAAAACAGUGGAUGAAACAUUUGCAUAAUAUGAUCAUUGGAAAGCGAUUCUUACAGAAACUGAGCCAACAACUAUUAAUUUAAUCCAGAAACCAUAAAUGAGAAGUCCAGUAGUGACCAUUUUGUGCAGAAAUAAGAAUUGUAGUCUUUAAAUAUUUACCUUUAUGUAUAGGCUAUUUGGAAUAUUUGACUAAAGUUUGCUCGAUUUAUUUAUUUAUUUGAACUCAUUAUUAAAGUCACUGACUGACAUGCAAAUAUUAAUUGUUAUAAAAAAAAAGAGGAAAAAUGAUUUAUGUGGAGUUUAUGUAUUUAUUUGUCAUUUUAUUUAUUUUUUUAAAUGUCUGCAGUUCAUUUUUGCACUAUAUGCAUGUGAUUAUGUAGCUAUUGAUACAUUCACAAAUAGGCUACAUGAUAUAUUUUCUUUCAGGAGAUU